UGAGCUUUAACCACUGCCGAUCUGUCGAACAGCCCAAGCAGUCGCCAUGAAGCGUAUCUCCCUGCCAAUCACAGUGGACUCUGACAGCCUCCUCGAUGGUCUCUGCUUCAGAUAGUGCCGUAGAGAUUUGUCUGAGACGCGACUACAUUUCGCGGAAAGCUUCUCGUUCUCCGGAAAACGCCGGAGCUCCCUGGCCCCUAGCUUUGCAAAGCGUCACGACAUACACUGCAGCGCUGUCUGAGGCAUAGAUCCAUGUACCUUCUGCCAACGAUCUUGGGUGCAGCUCGCUUUGGUCCGCCUCCCAGAGUCUGGAUUGAGACCACUGGCUUGGCGCGACUACGAAGACAAGCCCAAGCUAAAGAGGCUUCGUCAAUACAAGACUGAAAAGCUCAGCUUUGAGAAGCUUUGCCGGGCAUGAGCUCAGCCAUACCGUUGACGACGUUCACCGCCACGGCCGACGACAGCAAUCCGCGCUUCCGUCUCAUAUAACUCCUUGGCAUCAUCUUCGUUUGGAGAGCUUUUCACUCCUCAUUCGCCACUUCCUGCAUGCCAUUGCCAAGCUUCAACACAGCCUGAAGAUGCUGAGAUUGUACCUAGUACGCCCUGCUAAAACUGGUUAUGCCCAGCUUCUCUUGCCAUGAGCAACAAGCUCGUUCGGACGUCUCAGCGCAAUGCAUACCAUACGUGUCACUGUCAGAGAUACACCUCAAUGUCCCAUGUAAGAGAUAUGGUUUUGACCAGGAGUUGUGAUAUGCUAUAUAUUUAUUCUUCUGGCACAUCAACAAUUUGCUCACUAGCAAAGAGAAGAGCACUGAAGAUGCGAACCGCUUUCAAAACCUUUGCCUCCAAGGAAGGGAAACUUCGGCCCUUCCGACUGCUCAGCGCGGAUGUUGUCAACUUAAAGAGGCGAUAUUUCGGCGACUGGACAAUAUUCAACACUGUUGUGUUGUCGAGUGCCGUCUUUGUCUUCUUUACGAAUCUUCUACCCGGGAUCACGUUUGCAAGCGAGCUCUACGACUUAACGGGACAACAAUGGGGUACUAUCGAGAUCGUCCUAAGCACUGGCAUCUGCAACGCCGUGUUUUCGCUGUUCGGACUGCAACCUCUGACCAUCUUAGGUGUGACAGGCUCUUUUACUGUCAUUGCCGAACAUCUCCACAAUCUAGUGACAGAAUCCAUGGGAAAGCCCUACCUUCCGUUCAUGGCUUGGUCUCUGUUUCACAGCUGCUGGAUGCUGUGGGCCUUGGCUAUCUUCAAUGCCCACGAGUGGUCCAUGCUCUACGUAACCGAGUUCACCUGCGAGGUCUUCAGCCUCCUCAAUUCCAUUAUUUACUUCAGCAAGGCUUUGCAAGAAUUUCGACGAUCCCAUGGCACCUUGCCUCUGGACGCAUUUCUCUUCUCAGUCAUUGACGCUGUGGGAACUUUCCUUCUAGCACUUAUGCUGUCAACGGCUGAGAGCUGGACAUUCUUUCCCAGAUGGAUACGACGUAUGCUGCGACAAUACGGAACUGCCAUUGCUGUCAUCACUUUUGUUGCUCUCGGGUACAUUGGUGAUGCUGGCCGGCUGCAGAAGAAUAGGCUGUCGACCAGUACUGACCGUUUCGCGCCGUCUUCGCCGGAACGCAGUGGCUUCUUCGUCCAGUUUUGGGAACUGGACAUCGGUUCGAUCUUCGCAUCGAUGCUCUCGGGAGCAAUCAUUGCCAUGCUCUUCUUCUUUGAUCACGAGAUCAGCACUAUAAUCGCCACAGCAAAAUGGUUUGGCAUACAGAAGCCGAAUGGCUUUGCGCUUGAGAUUAUGCUACUCGGUGCAACGACUGCACUUUGUGGUCUUCUUGGAAUACCUCCCGCGAACGGACUGUUACCGCAGGCGCCUCUUCACACCCAGAGCCUGUUGUAUCCUUCUCCAGAUGAGGUAGUGGAAGAGGUCGUCAGGGACAGCAAUGGCAUCGAGCAUACCAUUACGCGACCGGUUUAUCGAGUUCACGAGCAGCGCUGGAGCAAGAUUAUACAUGCCGGCGGGAUAUUAGCAUGUAUUGCGCCACCGCUUCAGCGCGUACUCGGAUUUACGCCGAAGAGUGUUCUUGCUGGACUAUUCAUCUUCAUGGGCCAGCAGAGCCUUGCGAGCAAUCCCAUCCUCCGAAGAACACUCAACAUGCUCACACCAAAGGCGCAGCUGCCUCCUCCUUACCCUGGCGUGCGCUACUGGGGCCUGCAUUCUUACACCCUGUUCCAGAUAUUCGUCACCAUAAUGGUCUUCAUCAUGACAUUGACCAUCGCUGGCCCUGCCUUCCCGAUUGUCAUUCUAGGCCUCGUGCCUUUCAGACUCCUUGUGAUGCCUCGGAUCUGGAGCCGAGAAGUACUGCGCCAUCUUGACAGGUGGUCUUGUAGGGACGGGCAUCCUGAUGAUGUGAUGGGUGACAAGAGUUCCUCCACCCCGGAUCAAAGCCCUGGCGUACCGCUGCUACCUUCUCUCGUCUUCUCGGAGCUUGACAUGGAAAGUGCGCGCUUGACUUCCGCUACUCGCCUAGACGGUAGACGUACUCGAAGCAAGCGCUUCGAUGGCGAUAGCGGACUUGAUCGAAGAAUUUCAUACUAUACGGUUCAUCAGGAAGACAUUGAUCACAAUUGAGAGGCGACCUGUCGUAGUCGUGGUAUCACACUGGGAAGCGAUUCAAAUAACACCUGCGCAGGCCGCAGGUUGUGUAUCCUAUACCUUGCCUCCACAUCACCUGUACUUGUGGGAUGUAACAUACGACUUUAAUCAACAGAGUCAGUCUUUCCGGCAGAAGAUACGUGAAGCAAACCUCUUUCGCCAGG